AAGCAAAACAUUUAAAAUCAUGUCUCCCAAUUUAACUCUUUAUACCUUCAAGCUAUCUCUCUGGGCUGCUGCUCCUCGCGUAGCUAUUCAUGAACUCAAUAUUCCCAAUGUGAAGCAAAUUGAAGUAGACCUCUCAAAAGCCGAAAACUUUGCUCCUAGCUACUUGAAGAUAAAUCCUAAACACACUGUUCCUACAUUAGAAGUUGAAGAAGAGAGUGGCGAGAAAAAAUAUUAUGAUGAUACAACAUCUAUCAUCAAAUAUCUUGACUCCUUAACUGGAAAUACUUUAUCUAUUUCUCAAAAGAAGACUGAAAUCGACGCAUUCUUGAAGGAGAUGCACGAAAAGGCAGAUGUAGGUAACCCAUUGUUUUUCACUUCUGGAAGCAAAGAAGAGCUUGGUGCCAAGAAGGACAUCAUCGUCUCCUUUCUUCAAGGUCGUAUUGACGCUUGGGAAUCUUACAAAAAAGAAGCACCUGAACACACUGAUCUUUACGAUAAGCAAAUCAAUGAAACCAAGGGACUAUUAUCAUACUAUACUGGCGGCAACCCCGAGAACAUGUUUGCAUUAAACAAGCAACUUUGGCAAUCAGCAACAGAGUUUCUUAACAAAGCAGAAUCUCUUUUAAAAUCCAAUGGUGAUUAUCUUUUUGGACAGUACUCCAUUGCUGACGUUCACUUCACACCUUAUCUCUUCCGUUCAAAUCUUGUACGAAAGCCUGAGCAAGUAUUUGAAAAUCGUCCUUCUCUCAAGGCUUAUUAUGAACGCAUCAAGGCUCGUCCUAGCUUCUCCAAGACUUUUGAGUAGAAAUUUUGUACUAUUAGUAUCACUUUUGUAAAUAAACAUGAAUAGAAUAUUACAAAGGAAGAAUUGAUCCUUUGACCCAUUAUACGAUUAGGAAUGAUUUAUUUGAUAAUAGUUUUUAAUGAUCGAUGAGCACAUAGCAUCCUCAUGCUGUACUGCCCGGGUCAGA